AUGGACAAGUUACCCACUACCAUAACGCAGAUAUUGGCACCAAUCGCUGAUAACACUCCACUGGACCAGUUAGCAAACUCCGCUGACCGCAUCGCAACUAAACUGGACCAAGGAGUGUGUGCCGUUAAACGCCCAGACGACACAUCAGCCAAAGAAACAGACCUGGAAAAGGCAGUAGCUGACCUGCAGCAUCAGCUGCAGGAUAUACGAAUGCUCCUUUCCCGCACAUCGAGAGGCCCGAUGCCGGCGACCGGCGAUUCGGCACCAGGGCAAAGAAUUGCUCGGCACCCUGCAAAUACAGCUCCAAAACCAAGUCGGAAAACUAAACAGCCGGCGGGUAGGGCGGCAGAACCUCCCGGCAAAAACAUACGAAGCCGCCUUUUCUACGUAUGGGACCGACGGAACAACAUAAAGUUUCUAGUGGACACGGGAGCAGCUAUCAGCGUUAUACCCCCCAAAGAACAGCAAGACCGAAAGGCGACCCCGUAUAAACUCCAGGCAGCAAACGGCUCGACGAUCGAGACAUAUGGAGCCAAGACACUGACUCUGAACAUCGGUAUGCGGCGCGAUUUUACAUGGACUUUCACCCAGGCAGACGUAAAAACGCCAAUACUCGGUGCAGAUUUCCUGGCCCAUUAUGAUCUAGCCGUGCACAUGAAUACGAGAACUUUAUCAGACAAUACCACGAACAUUGCUGUUAAAGGCACCCUCUCGACACAACACCACUGGAAUCAGUGUGACAACUUGCCACGGACGAGAGUACAUCGAGAUCCUAAACAGAUACUCGGACCUCAUUCAACCACUCGCAGGUACCGGUCCGGCAAGACACCAAACACAGCACCAUAUAAAGACCAGUGGACAGCCUACUUUUUUCCCACCCACGACGACUUCCUCCUCAUAAGCUGGAAUACGCCCAAAAGGACAGCAGCAGCAGCUAGAGCCAGCAGAGCAGUCCGGCCUCCUCCUCAUCAGCAGCAGCAGCAGCUAGAGCCAGCAGAGCAGUCCGGCCUCCUCCUCAUCAGCAGCAGCAGCAGCCAGCAGAGCAGUCCGGCCUCCUCCUCAUCAGCAGCAGCAGCAGCUAGAGCCAGAGCAGUCCGGCCUCCUCCUCAUCAGCAGCAGCAGCAGCUAGAGCCAGCAGAGCAGUCCGGCCUCCUCCUCAUCAGCAGCAGCAGCAGCUAG